CCGAUUUUCUCAAAGAUCCGUCCCCUAUAAAGUCAUCAAGAGCCAGAGCAUCACUGUAUGCACAAAGGCUUAGUAGGUCAAGUUUUCCAACGAUUCCAUCAGUGUUUAGCUCACCACAUUUAAAUUUGGAUCGACCAACAACCUUACUUCAAAGGUUUAUUUCUUGGUCUGAUUCUUGAUAACAUUUUUGUAAGUCGCCCAAUCUUUUAUGCUCAUAAUUGAAGAUCGUUUUUGCAUGUUGAUAGAGGUGGCAUUGAUGGAUCAAAGUCAAAUGCUAUUAAUCCUUCUGAGGUUGCUGGUGAAUACCACGGUGAUCCUAAGAAGUUGAUGGAUACUAGCGAAUACCAAGGUGAUCCCAAGGAGUUGAUGGUUGCUAGGGAAUACCAAGGUGAUCCUAAGGAGGUGGUGACCAUUCGAAAUACAGCUAAUGAUGGGGGAGCACAGAUGACGAGCCCAGUCGAGAUUUCUCAUGAUCAAAGGUUGGAUACCAUGUUGGAAUUUCCAUCUGAAAACAUGUGGAAUCAUGUCGGAUCAGAUGAGUUUAAGGAACAUCAGGCCAUGCCAACUCAGGUUCCACAAUCAAACAUUCAACCUUUCGUCUUACCGGCUACAACAGUCGAUGAUCAUGUACCUCAAAACAUGGAAACUCAAUGGGAUUCUAAGAAUGUCUCAUGUUUUAACCAGCUGGGAAACCCUUGUCAACAGUUUGCUAAAAAUAGCUCUGAAAGGAAAAGGAAUAGAGAAACGUACACAUACAAGAUUGAUACAUGUAAACUAUGCAAGUGCAAGAAGUCCUAUUGUUUGAAACUUUAUUGCGAGUGCUUUGCAGCAGGGAUUUACUGUGAGGACUGUUGUGCGUGUGAGAACUGUUUCAACAAGCCAGAUUACGAGGAAGUGGUUCUUGAAAGCCGACAUAAAGUUCAAUUGCGUAACCCUCUUGCAUUUGCUCCACCAAUUGUUAAGGCACAAAAUGAUUCACCAAAUAAUACUCUAAUUAUAAGUUCUCGAGUCCUACCAUUUUUUACCCUUUAAAUUUGUGUAAUCUCAUAAGUGUUUGACCUGUGAAACCUCUGCAGGGCGAUGAAAGCUUGAACACUCCGUCAGCCAGGCACAAAAGAGGAUGCAAAUGCAAUAAAUCAAAGUGCCUAAAAAAGUAUUGCGAGUGCUAUCGGGCUAAAGUUGGAUGCUCUGAUGGAUGCCACUGUGAGCAUUGUGACAAUUCUUUUGGCAAGAGUUCAGAAUCAAAGGUCCAGCGAGCGGAAAGAUGUAAGAAUCAGCCUCAUGAAACGUCGAAUACAGCAGAGGUUAUGUCCGAUAGCAUUAAGGUUGGGACUUCAAAUCAGUUCCUGCCAACAUGGGAAACGCUCACUGAUGUAAACCAACUCAUUGUACCGACACAUCCUCAGUCAAGAGUAGUGCCUUCUUUCACAUCACAUGAUAUGAUAGAUUGUAAAAAUGUCUCCCAGGCUGAAUCAGAAAAGGGCACUAACCUUCAUUGGUGGUCCUCUGCCUUGAACUCUAAGCAACUAAGUCCAAGUAAAUUGCAUUCCUUAGAUGAUAUCAGUGAGAUGAUGGCAGAUGAUUUACCCAACUUCCUCACUGAAAAUUCCAACCCCGCCAACACCGUGAAAUCCGGCUCCCCGAAUCAGAAACGAAUUUCUCCUCCAAAGUUUCAGUCAAACGAGUUUGGUUUGAACACACCACCACAUCUGAAAACUGCCCGUAAACUUGCUUUGAACACGGAAGUGUUUUCGCGUUUCCCUACUCCUACAACAUGGUGUAACUUAGAUCUUAUGAAUCAAACAGGAAAUUACCAUCAAAGUAACAAUCAUGACAAAUUGUGUAACUUAGAAGAUCUUAUGAAUCAAGCUGAAAAUUACCAUCAAGGUAACAAUCAUGACAAAUGAUACACACAUAUACACAUACAUAUACACGCUUCUCAUAGAGUGCGGAUCCAGGUGUUACUGCUUUCUUAGUGGCAUCCCAUGCAGCAGCUACAAAAUGCUGCAAGUUUCGAUGCGACGGAGAUGAUAGUUCGAGUCGAUAUUCAAGUUCUUUUGUUAAAAUAAC